GAACACUAAUUGCAGUCAUUGGGCACCAAAGAUUGCAAGGUGAGGAGUCCAUAAUCCAAGAGAAGGUGAGUCUACUAUUUCAAUGUCCUGUUUCUGUAGCUUUCUAAUGGAAGAUGAGAACCAUGAUAUGAGAAUUUGUUAAAGACAAUGUGAGCUGUAUGAUACUUUGUGACAUUAUUAUACUGAAUUUAUAGAAUCAUAUGGUUUUUUCUUCUAGAGGUUUUGUUACCAUAGGCUGAGUUAAAUCAUUUUGCUUGCAAUCAAUACUAAAUGCAGCUGAUCAGCUUGUGUUCAUGGUCUCAGAAAAUCAAUAUAAAGGUGUUCUAGAUGGUUAUAUUCCUGUUCUAAUACAAUCUGUAAAUAGCAGAGACUUUUCUUGCUCAUUGCUAAUUCUCUAUGAUUUAUUGUAGUAGGUGUCUUAUUUUGUCAUUGCUCUCUUAAUUUGAUAUUCCUUCCUUAAAUCUUAACUGCAACUGAAAUCAUGUUAACCUUAGAGUUUAUAAUAUUUCUUUUUUUCUUUUUUACCAACAUUCAUAGUGCUUGUUAAGUUUUUUCCUUUCUAAUGCCUUUGCCUUCUUUUCUCAACGCUCUUGUUCCUUGUUUAAGGGAAAAAAAAAAGGCUUAAAGUCCUGACUCAUAUAUUUUGUGUGGUGUUGCAGAGGAAAGCUGUUCUCACAUAUAUUUUGAUUGCUGCUCAGUAAGUUUGGGAUUCAUAGCUAGUAGCUGGGAAGUUGAAUGGAGUAGGCUCAGGAGAAUUUGUGGAUUGAGGAACAAUAGAACUAGGAAUCUAUG